AUGGUCGAAAAACUAGCGCGUACUCGCGCCAAACGUGGUGGAAAUCGAAGUGUUGUGACGAAAUUAUCCAACGAAGCGAAUGAUCUUCUUGAAGUUGAACCCAUCAACAAACAACGCCUGGAGUUUAUUGCUGCUUCACUAAACGAGAAGUUAAAUUUGGUCAAAACGUUCGACGAGGAAAUUAUAGAGAAUUGUGCUGUGGAAGAAAUCGAAGCAGAAAUAAAGGAAUCAGAUGAAAUUAAUUCACGCGUCAUGGAUCUAUUGCGAUUGAUAAACGAAGCGACUACUCCUAAGGAUAACAACGCAGGAAUUUCGACUGUCCCAACUACGAAUGUCAGCGAAACUACAUCCUCUGGUUUGAAUGCAAACGAGACUGCGCCCUCUGGUUUUCAACAAUCGACUGCACCUUNGCACGAAUGCUAAUUUAAUGUCCAGUCAACCCAAGGCGAAACUGCCCAAACUAGCGUUGCCAAAAUUUCGAGGCGAAGUGAUCCAAUGGCAAAAUUUUUGGGACAGUUUCAAAAGUGCGAUCCAUGUAAACCAGCAGUUAAGUUUAGACGACAAGUUCAGUCAUUUACAUUCUUUAUUGGAGGGUCAGGCGGCUAGAGCCAUACAACGUCUAACGAGGACCGAAGCAAAUCACAAUUCAGCUAUCGAGAUAUUACAGAUACCUUUUGGCAAGCCCCAGAACAUUAUUUCAAAACACAUGGAUGAAAUGCUUAAGAUUCCAGGAUGUGUCAAUGACAACGCGCCACAGCUUCGACUCGUGUACGAUAAAAUUAGCGUCAACAUUAGAGGUUUGGAGUCAUUGGGUGUAAGCUCAAACCAAUACGGUAGUCUCUUAAUUCCAGUUAUUAUGUCAAAGCUACCUCAUGAAAUUAGAGUUCAAGUCGCUAGAAACACUGCGCUUGAGGUCUGGGACACGUCCGAAUUGUUAGAAGUUGUCCGACAGGAAGUUGAGGCUCGUGAGAUUAGUGAAGGCGUGAAGACCAACGUAAAUCUCGAAAAGGUCAAUCCCAAACCGCAAAGGAAACCUACCGCGAAUGCUCACGUGUAG